CAUGGGCUGCACGUUGAGCGCCGAGGACAAGGCGGCCGCCGAGCGGAGCCGCAUGAUCGACCGCAACCUGCGCGAAGACGGCGAGAAGGCGGCCAAGGAGGUGAAGCUGCUCCUGCUGGGGGCUGGAGAAUCUGGGAAAAGUACCAUUGUGAAACAGAUGAAAAUCAUUCAUGAGGAUGGCUAUUCAGAGGAAGAAUGCAAGCAAUACAAAGUGGUGGUCUACAGCAAUACUAUUCAAUCUAUCAUUGCAAUAAUAAGAGCAAUGGGAAGAUUAAAAAUAGACUUUGGAGAAGUUGCCAGAGCGGAUGAUGCCCGUCAGCUGUUCGUAUUGGCAGGAAGUGCAGAGGAAGGAGUUAUGACCCCUGAGCUUGCAGGAGUGAUUAAGCGGUUAUGGAGAGAUCCUGGGGUUCAAGCAUGCUUCAGCCGAUCAAGAGAAUACCAGCUUAAUGAUUCUGCAUCGUACUACCUUAAUGAUCUGGACAGAAUAUCCCAACAGAGCUAUAUUCCAACCCAGCAAGAUGUCCUGCGGACCAGAGUGAAAACGACAGGCAUUGUAGAGACGCACUUCACCUUCAAAGACUUAUACUUCAAGAUGUUUGAUGUUGGUGGCCAGCGUUCAGAACGCAAGAAAUGGAUCCACUGCUUUGAAGGUGUGACAGCAAUUAUAUUCUGCGUAGCUCUCAGUGAUUAUGACCUUGUCCUUGCAGAGGAUGAAGAAAUGAAUCGGAUGCAUGAGAGUAUGAAACUCUUUGACAGCAUUUGCAACAACAAAUGGUUUACAGAUACAUCGAUCAUUCUUUUCCUGAACAAGAAAGAUUUGUUUGAGGAAAAAAUACGGAGGAGCCCACUAACAAUUUGCUACCCCGAAUACACAGGUUCUAACACGUAUGAGGAGGCAGCUGCAUACAUUCAGUGUCAGUUUGAAGAUCUGAACCGGAGAAAAGACACCAAGGAAAUUUAUACCCAUUUCACCUGUGCCACUGAUACCAAGAAUGUGCAGUUUGUUUUUGAUGCUGUUACGGAUGUUAUAAUUAAAAACAACUUGAAGGAAUGUGGACUCUACUAAAAGGAGAGGAUGACAG